AUGACUCUUUUCAACGUGCCAGACUACCUCGACUGGCCAGCGCAGUUCUGCUUGCUGAUAACUGGGAUAACAUGGAUUGCCUCUAUCGUAACUUCUAAUGUCUCUCAGGUGGACCGGUUUUGGACCUUCUUGCCUACUAUUUACACGGCGUACUAUGCUUUGCUACCUUUGUUACCAAAUUCCCAACCAUUCUUGUUUGUGCCGUAUGCACCCAAAUCUCUAGGAUGGUCCUCUCUCAAAGACUUUAGUCCACGGGCAUUGUUGAUGCUCACUCUCAUUACCAUUUGGAUGUUCAGGUUGAGCUACAACACCUACAGACGCGGCCUCUUCAACUUGCAAGACGAAGAUUAUCGUUGGGCAGUUCUUCGCAAACAGCUUCCACCAUGGCUCUUCCAGGUCACCAACCUCACCUUCAUCUCUGGCAUACAAAAUGUUCUUCUGCUUCUGCUUGGACUACCCACAUAUGUUGCAUCGGUUCUGCAGCCCCACACAUCAUUAACAACAGUGGACUAUCAGCUCACGCUCAUCGCCUUUGCCAUUCUCAUAUGUGAAUUCACAGCUGACAACCAACAAUUCGCUUUCCACGCGUAUAAACACGCGUACUUGGCUAAAGAGAAGGGAGAAAAGGGCGUCAAACCUUAUAACCCUAAGGAGCAGUGGCCAGGCGCCCGUCUCGCGUGGACACCGAACGACGCGAAACGUGGAUUCAUCACACGUGGACUUUGGCGGUACUCCCGGCAUCCUAAUUUCGCGUGCGAGCAGAGCUUCUGGUGGCUUAUGACAAUAUUCCCCUUGAUGGAACCAUCAGCCAACAGCCCCCUUCCCAAACUGCUUGAGGCAUUGGAGAAUCAGGACGCUGGUCAGCUGCGCGCCGUUCUGCUCCCGUCGCUCUGGUUCUUUAUGCCUGCUCUCGCUCUUUCGACGCUAUUCUUCUCGUCGACCUUGUACACGGAACAGAUUACCAGUUCCAAGUACACCGCUUACUCCUUUUACCAGCGAAGGGUAGGCAUGUUCACGCCCCUCGACACUCUUGUGCGUGCUUUGAAGGUGAACCUUUUGGACGGGAAGCGAGAGGCAAAGUUGGUCUAUCAAAAAGUUUGGGGCGCGUCUCAGCCGAAGAUCGAGUGA